AUGUUAACAUUUUUAUGCGUUUUGGAAGUCGUUGGUGGACCCUGCGGCUACCAUGGCUCAUACACCUUCUUCAAGGGCGUCAAAGUGACGUUCGGUCCGAAGGGAUCGCACGAGUCCGGCUCGUCUGCCUCGUCCGUGGCGAGCCUGCCCGGGACCGGAGCCACCGCACCCGGUGAAGGUGGUGCCGCCCAGCUGUCCAGUACUGCCAACACCACUACCUCCACCGAUGGCAGCAGUAGUAGCAACGGUCUCGACCGUCACCGUCCCUCGGUCGACAUUCCAAGCGAAGGUGGCACCGAUUCGCCGGACUCUAAUGCCACCAACUCCGCCCAACGAUCGCCACCAGAGGGCGCCAGCAAGCCAGCGGAGGAGGACACUGCCCAGUGCAAUCAAGCCAAUACCAAUAGUGCGCCGAGUGGUGGCGGCAGUAGUAGUAAUAGUGGUAGCAACAGUACUAGUAAUAGCAAUAGCAAUAGUGAUAGUAACGGUAACAGCAGUAGCUCUAGUGCCAACGGUGGCAAUGGUGGUACCAAUGGCGGCGGCAAAAGUCAAAAUGGCACCCAAGCGAAGCCAAAACAAACGCAACGAAAAUGUGUCAGCGAAAAUGGCCCCAGCGGGGGAGGAGCGUCCGUGGUGGUGGCGGCAGGAGCGGGUGGUAGCAGUGUUGCGAAUGGCAACGGCACCAGCACGAGAGCCGGCCUCAACAGCAACCUGUGCCGGUUGACGUCGCACGAUCGAGAACAACACCACCGACCGCUGGUGCUGGCGCUGGGCGACUGCAUUCCGGUGCGACCGUGGUCCGACUCGCCGAUCGCGUGCCUGGCCGAACUGCGGAUGGUCUGGCGGGACCGGAACGAGCAGUGCCUGCUGAUAGCCCUCCGGCUCUACUUCCUGCCGGAAAACACACCGUCCGGACGCAACUGCCACGGCGAGGACGAGGUGCUGGCGAUCUCGGACAAGGUGAUACUCCGCGCGGAAGACCUCCUAAACUGGAUCGACACCGAACAGGAGUGGACCUGGGGCCUGCUGACUCUGUUCGACGACCACAGCGCCAAGGACUGCCUCGGGAUGACGCGGCAUCUCAGCAAAAACUCGUCGCUCGACUUUGGCGACGUGGACAAGGAGAAGAAUUCGGGUGAGAACGUCGUUUCGAAGGUGGCAGUGUUGAGCUUUUCGCGGUAUUGCCGCUACCGGGCGUUGCUGAAGCGCCUUGAGGGUGUCCAGGACGAGUGGCUGCGUAACACGCUGGUGGAAACGCUUGGCGGGUUCGUGGCGGCCGUCCCCAACAUGCGCAUCAUGUUCUGUAAGGAAACGUUCGACUAUCCCGAGCUGGAGACUCACGAGCUGCUGUGUAAUCACCUAGCACCGAAGCUGAAGGGUCGACCACGUGGCAAGCGAAAGAAGACACUCUCUGAUUCGUCGCAGUACACCAAGAAGGAGGGCUGUUCGGAUGAGAGCGAGUCAAACGAGUCGGAUGUGUCGGAUUACUCCUACAGCAAGGUGUCUCCCGGCAAGAAAGUGAUCGAUCUCCACCCAACCCCACGGUACAAUCCACGACCUUCGCGAGGAUCCUCCCAAACGAAGCAGGAACCGAUCAGCGUCGUCAUUUCGGCAUCUGCUGGAACGGUCAAACCGGGCACUGGAAAUCACCUAUCACAGCGUAACCGCACCAAGUCCACCUCGAAAUCGUCCAAGGCGUCAUCCAAGAAGUCGAAAGCAUCGAAGGCGUCCCGGAAAGCGGGUCGUGGUAGCAAGAAAUCGUCCUCGUCUUCAUCGAACUCGUCACUGGCGGCUACCGCUGGUGGUGGCGAGUCGGAGGAUGAGGACGAAGAAGCGGACGAGGACGGCGAGGAUGGUGGGUCGUCUUCGGCACGUGGCGCCUCGAAGGAUCGCGACCGUGAAGAUGACGCGGACGAGGACGAGGAAGAGAUGGACUACGAGGAUGACGAGGAGGAGGAGGACGACAAUCUGUUCCGGGUGAACGAUAGGAUGAACACAGCCGAGAGGGAAUUCCUGCAGCGGUUACAGGAGUUCCUCGAUCCACGGGCACUCCAGUAUGCGGACAGUCAGGCGACUUCUCUCAAGAACGUGAGCUUGUACGCGGUGUACGUGAAGGUGCAGAAGAUCGGCGGAUAUGGUGCGGUGACUGAUAAGGAGAUGUGGAACCAGCUGCUGCAGGGCACAGGCGCCGAUAGCAGUGUGCUAAGUCGACGGAAGUACGAAAAGAUUGUGCUCCCGUUCGAGAAGCACUUGAGCGAGUUGGCUGCCGAUCAGGAUACGGAGCUGAAACGCGAAACCACCCUGCUGUUGUUAGGAGACGACGAGCUGGAGAACAAGCUGCGUCUGUUGCGUGAUGUUAAACUAGAGAGGCGUGAUCCUGAUGGUAAAUCGCACGCUGGUCGACUGGAGAACAGUGGUGCAGGGUUGGAUUACUCCGUCAAGCGCGAGCUGAUGGAGAAGGACGAUCUGUACAGUGGUAGUGGUGGCAAGUGUGGCUUGAAGGACGAUAGUAAUGGUGGUUCGAGUCCAAACGGAGGCGUUCACCUUGGAAUGUCGCCAGUGUCCGUCCCGCUGACCGUAAUCGUGCGGCCAAACCUGGACGAAAAGGAUCAAAAGUCACAGAUACAGAUCAAGCAACCGCAUACGACGAUCACGGUGCAUCAGACGACAAUUCAUCCGCACAAUUCGAAUCAUCAUCACGCAGGCCAAACGAACAGUAACCAUCACCAUCAUCAUCAUCACCAUCACCAUCAGCACGGGCCGCUCAGUGGGCAGAGCCCGCAGCACAUCACAAACCAGAUUCAGAUCACGAACCAGAUUCAGAUCCAGCAGAUCACGGUGCAAUCGAACGACAAGAACGGUUCGAAUGGAGCUGUGAGUGGUUCCGGAGCAGGCAGUCCGAGUGAAUCGGCGGGUCGGUUCAAGUAUAGCUUCAAGCAGGACAAAUCGGGCCAGGAGCUGAACAUUGAACCAGCGGCCACAACACCCAAAUCGGCGUCGGCCGCGAAUCCGACUGUCGGGUCACCUUCCGAGGGGGCCGCUUCUUCCCUCAGCCUGUUCCCACUGAACCGACAGGGCACGGAUCCGGAUCUCACGAUCAAGGAAGUGUCCGUGUGCCCAACAAGCGGCACACUUUCGAUCACAUCCAGCGCCUGCAUCCCGACAACGCCGUCAAAGACGAGCUCAUUGCGGCACGUUCGCAUGAAGAACGAUCGGAAGGGUGGACUGCAGGCCACAGGCGGCGGGUUGCUCAUGGACGGGAGCGGAUAUAUGGGCGCUAGUCAGAAGGAGAACAUUCCGCUGCUCGGAAGCGGGCUCAGUGGAUCGGCGAGCCUUUUUGGUGGCCAAAGUCUAACGACCAUCACACCCAUCCCAGCGAAUAUGAUGAUGGCUGGGGCGUUCCUUGGUCAUGGCCAUGGUGGAGGACCUCCGGGGUCGUUAUCCGGAGGUCGAACUGGGAUGGAGCAACAGGAUCACCAUUCGAUGGCAAAAUCCCUCGGACCUCCGGCACCAGCGACGGAGGUGAUCGAUCUCGUGGACAGUGACAACGAAAGUGACAUGGCCGUGGCCUCAACACCUUCAUCUGCCGGUCGCAAACAGGCUGGCCAAUCGAUGCGCCCGAUUCCAUCGCUGUUGCCUCCGAUGAAGAAGCGCAAGCUGGAUAUCCUGCGUGAGGGUGGUCUCGAGGUGACCCCCAUCUCGAACGGGGCCAGUAUCUUCUCGAGUCUCAACAAAUCCGCACCAGCGCCACCGAAUCCGAUGCGUAUCAACAUCACGGCCGAAUUGAAUGCGACUCCACCGGCACGAUCUGACACAUCAGCGGCGAACAGGCGCAGUGAACCGCCGCGCAAGUGCAUUCCGACCCCACUCGAGUUCCAGACGCACUGCAUGUACACCCGAACGGGCAAGAUCUUUGGCGAUCCGAAGGUGCUGGUUCCGUCACGAGCGCCAGCGCCUGUGCCGGAUUUGCUCGAUCUCACCGGAUCUCGACCGGUCGGCAUGAUGCUGGGGAUGGACGGUGUCGCGAAUCUCUCCUCGAAGGUUGGAGGGAAUCCACCGGGCUCGCUACCACCCCCACCGUCCCAUCAUGCGUCAUCCCCCGCGGGUAUGGAUUUCUCCGCACGACAUCCUGGCCGUGGCGGGGCAGGAUCUGCUUCCUCGCGGACAGCACCGAGCCUCCAGAUUACGCUCGUUCCUGGACCGACGAACAAUCACCAUCCCGGUGGGGGAUCAGGUGUCCCUCCCCCACCACCGCUCCUUAACUCCGCCGGUCCGCCCGGUCUCCCGCCGAUGAUGACACCGUUGAACAUUCCGGUUCCGGUGCCCAGCCACCAGGUGGCGGCAGCGGCAGCAGCAGCGGCGGCGGCAGUAGCAGUCGCGGCUUCCUCCACAUCGUCCUCGUCGUCCUCCGCAUCCUCCAGCCCAUCCGGUGUGAUGGGAGGAGGUCACAAGAAGUCGAAAGCGUACGACAUUGUGCCAUUAAGGGAUGGUGGUGGUGUGACGCCGAUGAAGGAACCCAGUCCCAAGGUGACGAUUGGUCCUUCCUCCUCGUCAUCGUCCUCGUCCGGAUCGACGAAUGGCACGAUCGUGCCUCCAUUGCCACCGCCAUCUUCCGCCGCCAUUGGACCGCUAGGACUCAUGCCACCGGGUGGUUCACCGAACAACCUGCUCGAAACGUUGGCCAACCUGCAGAAGGCAAACCCGGAACUGAUGGCGCGCAUCCUUUCCUCGUCAGGCAUCUCGAAAUCGUCCAUCCCCGGGCUGACGCAUCUCCUCGGCACCCUUGCCGAUCAAUCACCGCUGGUUCCGCCCACACCUAAAAAGACCCCGCGGAGGCGGUCAAACUCCCAAGCGGCUAACUCCGGCCCAAAUGUCGGGGCUUCGCCAGGUGGACCGGUGGGUGGUAACGGGCCCGUGCCACCGGUUGUCCUGCCACCAACGAACUCUUCCCCUGCCACCGGUCUGCCACCGUUUGCGAUGCCACCGGGUCCGCUUGGGGUCGGAAUGGUUCCGCCGCCACCGACGACGGUAAUGCCACCGAGUUCGCUCUCACCACAACACCAUCCACCCCAGCCUGACUCGCCCACAUCCGCUAAUCACCCGCUCAGCCAGCAGAUCAAGCUGCUGCAGCAAGUGCAGCUCCAGCAGCAGCAGAAGUUCCUCCAGCAGCAGCAACAGAAGGCGUCCGAAGAGCAACAGCACCAGCAGCAGAAGCUCCAGCUGUUCUCUCAGUUCUCGCAGAAGCCUCAAACUUCCCCGAGCCAUGGGUCCUCCUCGGUUUCCCCCUCUCCGGUGGGUGGUGGUUCACCGCUACCCGGAACGCCACCCCUCGCGCUGCAACCACCCGUGGUUCCACCGGUGUCAAUUCCGCGCAUCCCCGUCGUUCCAUCGCCGGGUUCAUCAGCAGCCGCGGCCACUGCAGCCAUGCUAUCCGGAUUACCCCCGGGAGCAAGCUUCCCGCCUCCGUUUGAUCCGAUCUACCUGCAGCUGUACGCCAACCCGGGCCUCUACUUCCAAAGCCUACCGCCGGAGCAGCUGUUGCAGCUGUACAAAAACCUCCCGCAAGGCAUUCCAAUCUCCAAGAGCUAG